UCAUCGUCAGUACCGCUAUCAGAAAUUUCGUGCGGAUAUGAAAUCGUGUGUUUCAUAUCCUUCAUCAAAACUACAACCUGACAAAGUUUCUGUCGCUAUUUAGGGUUCUCGUCCGGACGGGCCAGGGAAGUUCGGUUCGGCCCGGAGAGCCGUGUAGAAGCUGGUAACAUGGGCCUGUUGGCUAGAAUACGGAAAGAAUGGUUUAUUAUCGGCAUAGUGGCAGUAAUAGUAUCGGCGAAACUACAGCCUUCAUUUGGAUUGAAAGGAGGUCCACUGAGACCAGAGUUCACAAUCACCUAUGUUGCGGUGUCAGCCAUUUUCUUCAACAGCGGCCUGUCAUUAAAAACAGAGGAGUUGACCAGUGCCCUUCUCCAUGUGAAGCUGCAUCUGUUUGUCCAGUCCUUCACCCUGGUCUUCUUCCCUGUUGCCAUGUGGCUCUGUAUCAAAAUACUGGCUCUUACCUCAAUCAACACUUGGCUGCUCCGAGGGUUACAGACGGUGGGCUGUAUGCCCCCUCCAGUCUCGUCUGCUGUCAUACUCACCAAAGCUGUGGGAGGGAACGAGGCUGCUGCCAUCUUUAACUCUGCCUUCGGAAGCUUCCUGGGGAUAAUAGUGACACCACUGCUGUUACUACUGUUUCUGGGCUCGUCAUCCUCCGUUCCUUUCUCCUCCAUCUUCUCUCAGCUCUUUAUGACUGUGGUCCUUCCUCUCAUCCUAGGACAGGUGUCCCGGAGGUUCCUGAGGGACUGGUUAGAGAGGAGGAAACCUCCGUUUGGGGUCAUCAGUUCUUUGGUUCUCCUGAUGAUCAUUUACACCACCUUCUGUGAGACCUUCUCUAACCCGGAUAUUGAACUGGACCACCUCAGCUUGCUGCUCAUCACCUUCAUCAUAUUCUGCAUCCAGCUGAGCUUCAUGCUGUUGACGUUUGUCUUCUCCACACAGAAACAGUCUGGUUUUACUCCAGCUGACACAGUAGCCAUCAUGUUCUGUGCUACACACAAAUCACUCACCCUGGGUAUACCCAUGUUAAAGAUAGUGUUUGAGGGGUAUGAGCAUCUCUCUCUGAUCUCCGUCCCUCUCCUCAUCUAUCACCCUGCUCAGAUCCUACUGGGUUCAAUACUGGUACCCACCAUCAAGAGCUGGAUGAACAGCAGACAAAAGCCUAGUAUUUUAUUGCAUUGAUACCUACAGUAGUCUACCUGUCCGGUCUGUGGAGUGAAGCUGACCGACCUACAGCCCAUCUGAAGUGGACUCUUGUGUAGUAUUACCUACACUUCUCCCCAGUGUGUACACCCAUUCACUCCCCCCUCAUGGGGAGUGUCCUUUAAACUGUGACAGAAGGGACUACUUCCUUCCUUCCUCCUACGUAUCUCUCUGGUGGAAGGAUACAUACAAAAACACAAGUGCCUUAUCACAACCACGUGACUCGCGACAAGUAGUCCUGGGCUUAACGGUUGUGAUGGUUACUAUGACAAAACCUGUAUGAUUAUUCGACGGUUUACUUUUAUACGAACAAAGAAGUCUCUAUUUUUGUAUCCCCCGUGAAGAUGGUGUCAACUUCCUGUGAGACAAGAAGUACUACUGAUCAUCGUUCAGGAAGUGAAUUCUGUGACGACACCUCCUGCCGUGGGCAGACAGAGACUGGCUGGGACUUUUUAUUCUUUCUAACUAUUUUUCUGGGGAUGUUACAUUCAGAAGACUCUUUUCUGACAAUCAGUAAUUUUUUUUAAUGGUGUUGAACUAGUUUACUGAUAGUUUCUAAUGCUUGUUUAGGCUUUUGGGUGAGAGGGGAGGUUUAAUAAAACAAAACUUUAUUACCGUAGUUGAAGGACAGACAUUUGGUGAUGUCUCCCUGUCUGUAUUCUGGGGGGGGAUGAAAAUGUGAAGUAUGUCUGAAUUGGCAUCCUAUUUACUCUAAAGUGCACUACAUUUGCCCAAGGCCCAGUCCAUCGGUGGUAGUACACUACAUAGAGAAUAGGGUGGCAUUUCGGCCACAGACAAACUCUCAUGAUCCAUGGAGGUCUGCGUUGAGCAGAUGGAGAUAUGACUGUAGCUGUCAUGAUUCUGUUCUACUUUCUAUAGUUCUGUGUCCCAAAUAGCACCCUAUUCCCUAUAUAGUGCACUACUUUUGACCAGGGCCCCAUAGAGCUCUGGUCAAAAUAAGUGCACGACGUAGGGGAAUAGAGUGCUAUUUGGGACACCGCUCCAUGCCUAGGUGCCUUGGCAUAACGUCAGUGAUAAAUACGAACAUAUUGAUGAUGAUUAUUUGUUUGUCAGAUUUUUCUAAUGCUGUUACCAAACAAACACUGUGUGACAACAAGGACCAAUGGUAAUGUGUUCCACGUGAAACUCUACUCCUUAUAGGCCAGUCAGGAUGCAGACUCUCAGUACUGAAAAGAUAGCCUUUCAGUUUGGGCGGAUGUUAGAAGGACAAGUGCCGGAGUGUUUUCUUCUCUAGUAUGAAUAAAAACUGUGAUUUUAAA